UAUUUAAUGUAAUUGUAGGGUAACAAUAAAAUAAAUUCCUUAGCCAUCACUCUUAUAUCUCAGUGUAAUACUGAAGGUUAAAUAAGAAUUUGGUAAUUUCGGGUUCAUCAGUGACUAAUACCGUAACAACUUAGACGAGGCUACAAAUUUAGUCGGAUAUGACUAUGUGCUAAGUGCUGUGUGGUGUAGGAAAGUGCUAGGCGUGUGAUGUCAGACGGCGACCCAUCACUUGAAGAGGACGUGCCGAAGCCUCUGUUGGAGAAAGCAGAGGAGAAUGUGUUUACGCCGAAGAUAGCAACACCUAUAUAUACUGGUGGCGUGAAGCUGCACCACAAGAGGUCAGACGCAGCAGAAACUGAGGCGUUCCUGAAUGACUCUGAUCGCAAUGAUCUCGCCUUCAGACAGUUAUUUCAGGAUGGAGAUGCAGAAUUUCAAGAGGCGGAGAGUAAGGAGCAAGAGAAGAUGACCGACCUGCAGGCGAUGUCGGUGCUGAGUAUGUACCAGGACAAUAUGUCGCAGGACAUGAACACCGACCGGGACAACGGUAGCGAAGCGUCUACGAGGCCGGCGGAGGAGUCCUCGUGCGACCCCGCGGCCGCUCUGCCCGAUGUGGCUACCAACGGCAAUGGCAAACCCAAAGCCAACCAUUGCUCGAUAAUGAUGGGUGGUGUUCUCAACAACCCAUCGUUGACUUUCAAUGACGGCGUACGUACUAUAGAUUACGUGUUAGUAUGGGAGGCGGGUAAGAUCGACGCAACCACACCUGAAGCGGUCGAGCAGAGGAGGAUAUUCGAAGAGAACUUGGAAAAUGAGGGUCUGCAACUGGAGCGGGAGGCGCCUAAGGAGUUGCACGGGUUGAAUUUUACUAAGAUCCACGCUCCAUAUGCCGUUUUAAGAGAUUAUAGUGAGAUAUUAAAACUUAGGAUGCCGAUGAAGGAAUGCAGUAAGAUAAGAAAAGGUGGGCGGACGAAUGCCAUACUGAAUGCUGCCAUGUAUAUGUCUAAGUUCUCAGCAUUGAAAGAUGUACACGAGAAGACCAACAGCUUGGUCGAUAAUAUAAACGCGUGCUGGGAGCGAGUCAUGUCCAAGAUCAGGGUAGAUCCGGAUUUGUUCCCGGAGAGGAAACACCGGCUCACUGCUAUAUACUCCAAGGAUAAGGAAUAUUUAUUCGAUACAUCCGCGGAGUGUUUCUGGACGCCGUCGAUCCGUUCGCGUAUUGUGCAGUUCAUACUUGACAGAAAGAAGUUCUCCUCAGCCAGCAAUGACGACUUCGCUUUCGGCAUCACCCGACUCAUAUCCAACUCCACAUACAGCGCGGCGUACCCACUGCAUGAUGGCGAUCUCAAAACACCCGGUUCCAUGAGGCACCUGCUGUAUAAAGAGUGGGCGAGCGUCUCCAAAUGUAUCAAAUAUCAGCCAUUGGAUUAUGUUAAGGAUUAUUUCGGUGUUAAGAUCGGUUUGUACUUCGCGUGGCUGGGUUUCUACACUCACAUGUUGAUCCCGGCGUCUCUAGUCGGUCUCAUUUGCGUAAUAUAUUCCGCCGUUACGGUAUAUUCUAACCAACCGAGUGAACAAGUAUGCAACUAUAAUUCAACGAUCAAAAUGUGUCCGCUGUGCGAUUACUUCUGCGACUAUUGGGACCUCAAAGACACCUGUCUCCAGUCUCGGAUCACCUACCUCUUCGAUAACUCCACCACGGUCUUCUUUGCUGUAUUUAUGAGUUUCUGGGCGGCUUGCUUCUUAGAAAUGUGGAAGCGGUAUUCGGCAGAGAUGACGCACCGCUGGGAUCUCACCGGCUUCGACGUGUACGAGGAACACCCGCGCCCGCAGUACCUUGCGCGGCUUGCACACGUUAAGCGCACCCAGUUGAACGUGGUGACGGGGGAGCGCGAGCCGAUGGUACCGUUCUGGCGCAUGCGUCUGCCGGCGACGUUGAUGUCGUUCAGCGUGGUAGCGCUGCUGGUGCUGAUGGCGCUGGCCACCGUGCUGGGCGUGGUGCUCUACCGCAUGUCGCUGCUGGGCGCCACAGUGCUCCGACACAACUCCAACGUGCUCAUCACCUCCAACCCUAUCAUGUUCACCACGGCCACCGCCGCCUGCAUCAACCUCGUACUUAUAUGUCUGCUCAAUUAUAUAUACCAGUACUUAGCGGAAUGGCUCACCGAGAAGGAACUACUUCGAACGCAGACGGAGUUCGACGACUCGCUAACGCUCAAGAUAUACCUACUGCAGUUCGUCAACUAUUACGCGUCUAUAUUCUACAUCGCGUUCUUUAAAGGGAAAUACGUCGGCCGUCCCGGAGACUACGUGCGUUUCUUUGGACAUAGACAAGAGGAGUGUGCUCCUGGUGGAUGUUUCCUGGAGCUGUCCAUUCAGCUUGCCAUCAUAAUGGUGGGUAAGCAGUUCAUCAAUACCAUAGUGGAGAUGUUGAUGCCGUACCUACUCAAGUGGUUGUACAUCAUACGCACUAUAGGCAGAAAAAACACAAUAAAAAGUCCAUUGCAGUGGGUAAAAGAUUUCAAACUAGUCGAUUUUGGUAACAUGGGAUUGUUUCCAGAAUAUUUGGAAAUGGUGCUACAAUACGGGUUCGUGACGAUCUUCGUGUCUGCAUUCCCACUGGCGCCGUUGUUCGCCCUCAUCAACAACAUCCUCGAGAUGCGGCUGGACGCGAAGAAGUUCCUAUCGUGCUACCGCCGCCCGGUGCCGCAGCGGGUCAACGACAUCGGCGUCUGGUACCGCAUCCUCGACUCUAUCGGGAAGCUCAGUGUCAUCACCAAUGGUUUCAUAAUAGCGUUCACAUCGGAUUUCAUCCCGCGUCUGGUGUACCAGUUUGCGAUGGAGAGUAACUUGAAUAACUACGUGAACUACACGCUAGCCGAUUUCAAUAUAACCGUGCUAGAAACGUACAAGCCGCUGAAGUCCACCUACAAAGAAGAAGUUUGCAGUUACCCCGGCUACUGGUAUUACAAGGAAGGCGACGAUUACGAGCGCAGCAAUUGGUACUGGCAUGUCAUGGGUGCCAGAUUGGCAUUCAUAGUUGUUUUUGAGAACGUAGUGGCUCUAGUGAUGAUCAUCGUCCGCUGGGCCAUCCCGGACAUGUCCAGCGAGCUCCGAGAUCGUAUCCGGCGGGAGGCGUACGUGAUCAACUCGUUCAUAAUGGACGAGACGCGGUCGCGGUCGCUGGGGCCCGGGCUGUGUGCGGAGGGCCCCGGGGGGGUCGCGCGGGCGCGCGUCGUGGGGGCCACGGGGGUCGCCGCCGCCGUGGGGGUCGCGGGGGCCGCCGCCGCAGCCGAAGAAACAACAGAUUCCAACUGGAACCACAUAGCUUCCCUCUCUGGCUCCGACUUCGACCUCGCAGCCCAUGGAGACCAUCAAGAUAUAGCAGAUUUAGGGAAACACGUCGUCGCUAGACAUAGUUUCAACGAGAAUGAACCUGGUCCUGCGCACGUGUAACACAGGAGCCUGAAACGCGCUAAUAAAACUUUCGUAAAAUUGAGUAUAUAAGACAUAAUUGAAAGUUUGAUAUGAGACACUAAGGAGUCGAGGUUUGUAUUUAAUAUGAGCGUAAAACCGAAUAUUUUCUAAGGAAUAAGGAAAAAGCUUUUGUAUACAUUAUCAGUUUACUAUAUAUUCGGCUUAAAUUUAAAUGUUACAUAAACGUCAUACCGAGUUACGAACAUUGAUGUAAUUCGUGGAUGUUCACUUUUAUACUGUAUGGUAAGUUAUAAGAAUAUCCUAUCCUAUAAACGUAAUAUGAUAUCGUACGAAAAACAAUAAAGAGCCAUUCGUUUACAUUUUAGGUGCUCCUUUGAAUUUAUAUAUCCAGCAAUUCAUACGCAGCACAAAUUAAAUGUCCAGAGUUCUUCCUUAUUUAUUACUAUGGAAGUGAGCUUAAUUUGAUUGAAGUACGCAAAGUAACUUCAUGUACUUUAUAUGUUAUUACGCACAAGUAUAAAACUUUACGCUUCAGAGACCAGUAGAUAGCAGCCAUAAAGUGCUCGUCGAUACAUUUGUUCCUUUUUACUUUUGGAGUUGGAUUAGUAAGGUUUGUAACAAUACAUAAUAAUAUAGGUUAUAAAUCGUAUAGAAUGGAAUUGUAUGUCGAUAUGUUUAUUAUUAUGUAUCAAUUUUCAAAAAGUGUAACAAUUUCCCUUAGGUAUAACUUAACAAUUUGCUUUAUAUAAGUAUGGGUAAAAAACAUACGCCACUAUAGAUGGAUGCAUCAUUUUCUGUCUCAUAAAUUUAUAUUUAAUAUUA